AUGGGCAGAAUGAAGAUUCUGAUUCUGUUUGUUGUCUUCUUUAGCAUAACUACUUGCUUCCCGUCUGCUGAUGCAAAAAGACUCCACAGAAAGUACACCGGCCCUUCUAGAUAUCAUUUUUAUCCAUCUUCACGAAGAAUACCUGCAAAAGCAAAAGGUAGCAUCAAUGCAGUCAACAAGAGACUGUCUCAGAAGUUGCUAGCCCAUCCUUCGAUUUCUCAUGCUAUCGAUGUCCUGAAAAACCCAUUCCACCUUUAUCCACCUCAUCAUCCUCACAACUCUCACCUUCCUAACCGCCCUGUCCACCCCCACGGCCCACCAUCAUCCGAAGCACCGCUGACCACAUCAGCUCCCGCAACGGUGGCUGAAACCACAACUGGUGCUGCAGUUUCCAUCAGCAGAACGACAAGCUCCACUUCCAGUACCACGGUCACCAGCACCCUUCCACCUGAGGCUGACACUACCACCCCACCUGCUGAGACUGACACGACCACCCCACCUGCUGAGGCUGACACUACCACCCCACCUGCUGAGACUGACACUACCACCCCACCUGCUGAGGCUGACACUACCACCACACCUGCUGAGACUGACACUACCACCCCACCUGCUGAGGCUAACAGUACCACCACACCUGCUGAGACUGACACUACCACCCCACCUGCUGAGACUAACACUACCACCCCACCUGCUGAGACUAACACUACCACCCCAGCUGCUGAGGCUGACACUACCACCCCAGCUGCUGAGACUGACACUACCACCCCAGCUGCUGAGACUGACACUACCACCCCAGCUGCUGAGACUGACACUACCACCCCAGCUGCUGAGACUGACACUACCACCCCAGCUGCUGAGACUGACACUACCACCCCAGCUGCUGAGACUGACACUACCACCCCAGCUGCUGAGGCUGACAGGACCCCCGCAAGCCAGCCUCCAGAGUAA